ACCCGGAUCCCUCAGAGCGGAUUCCACCGGCGGGGCCGGGAGCGCGGAAACAGCCCAAACCCCGUCAGCAGCCCUGGCACCUAACUGACCGCAGGGGCACCUCGCACUCCCUGCGCGCAUGGCGCCCCGUCCCCUGGUCUGUGUCUGUGGGAGAAGACGCAGCUCCCCAGGACGAGCCAGAGCGCCCCAGGGUCUGGGCCCGCACGUUUGAACCUGCCAGCCCUCAGCCCGCAGACCUGUGGCGCACACACCCCGGGCUCUGCGCGGCUGACCGGGGCUCCCUGAGGAUACUUGGUAAGGAAGGCGUUGUGGAAGGCCGCGCUCUUCUAGGGAGGAAUUCGAACACGUGUGUUAGUAGUGUCAGCGAGAACCAUCUCAUGCAUCACUCUUCAAAUAAAUUAGGGGCUGACGCUGUGGCGCAGCGGGUUAAAGCCCUGGCCUGAAGCGCCGGCAUCCUGUAUGGGUGCUGGUUCUAGUCCCGGCUGCUCCUUUUCCAGGCCAGCUCUCUGCGGUGGCCCGGGAAGGCAGUGGAGGAUGGCCCAAGUGCUUGGGCCCUGCACCACCCACAUGGAAGACCAGGAGGAAGCACCUGGCUCCUGGCUUCGGAUUGGCGCAGCGCGCCGGCCAUAGCAGCCAUUUGGGGGGUGAACCAAUGGAAGGAGGACCUUUCUCUCUCUCUCACUGUCUAACUCUGUCAAAACAACAACAACAACAACAAAACUCGGUAUUACUUGGAGUGGGCCAAGGCCCAGCCUGUAGCACUGGUGUGCGGGGGCAGAACCUGUCCCCCAGGGUCCUGUUCAAGGGCAGAGUCUUACCCGGGGGCCUCUGGGCAGCAGGAGAUGCCAGUGCUGCAGUGCAGGGCCGCACUGAGUGGCAAAGGACCACGGGCCUCUGAGGUUUUGUGGCCAAGCUCCAGGGUCUCCAAGCCAGACCUUGAGUGGCUGAUGGGAUGUUUCAUGAUCCUAGGAGCCUCAGGUGGUGAUCCUUGCGCCUUUGGAUGCUGGGCUUAAGCCCUUUGCUACACGUGAUAGGUAAUGGACCGAAGUUUGUGGGGCUGCUUGAACGGCCAGUGCUGCCCCCGUCUGUGGCCAUUGAUACCGCCAGCUACAAGGUCUUCGUGUCUGGGAAGAGUGGCGUGGGCAAGACAGCGCUGGUGGCCAAGCUGGCCGGCCUGGAGGUGCCGACGGCGCACCACGAGACCAUCGGCAUCCAGACCACUGUGGUGUUUUGGCCAGCCAAGCUGCAGGCCAGCGACCGUGUCGUCAUGUUCCGCUUUGAGUUCUGGGACUGUGGCGAGGCGGCGCUCAGAAAGUUCGAUCACAUGCUGCCGGCCUGCAAGGAAAACACAGACGCCUUCCUCUUCCUCUUCUCCUUCACCGACCGUGCCUCCUUUGAAGACCUCCCGGGCCAGCUGGCCCGCGUCGCGGGCGAGACCCCUGCUGUUGUCAGGAUGGUCAUUGGCUCCAAGUUUGACCAGUACAUGCACACAGACGUGCCCGAGCGCGACCUCACGGCCUUCCGGCAGGCCUGGGAGCUGCCCCUGUUGCGGGUGAAGAGUGUGCCCGGGCGGCGACUGGCUGACGGGCGCACGCUGGACGGCUGGGCCGGGCUGGCUGACGUUGCCCACGUGCUCAACGGGCUCGCUGAGCAGCUGUGGCACCAGGAUCAGGUGGCUGCUGGCCUGCUUCCCAACCCGCAGAGAGCGCCCCCGGCUGAGGAGGGUGGCAUCACGAGUGGGCACCCGUGAUCCCCACUCCUGGCCCUGACCCACGAGGGAGGACAGGGCCCAGCAGCUAAGGCCGGACAACAGGGUGACCUCAUCCUCAGGACUGGCCUGGGAGGCCUGGUCGGGGAGGGCGGGGCCUGAGAAGGUCACCCCAGAGGGCCCCCCUGCAGGAUUCAGGGUGACAGCGGGGUGGGGGCUACCCUGGAGCUCAGACACCUCCCCCAGUCACCCCCACCCUUCCCCAUGGGCCAGCACCCACGGACCACGGGGAGGGUACAGCAGGGUCCUGGACCUCGAGUGACUUCGACCAAGAGCCUAGAUUGGGGUGGGCUCAGCAGGGAAGUCGCCACCUGGGACAGCCGCAUCCCGUAACGGAGUGCGCGGCUUCAAGUUUCAGCUCCACUUCCGACCCAGCUUCCUGCCGAUGUGGCGAUGGCCCAGGUACUUGGGUCCCUGCCACCCCCUAGGGAGACCCCUAUUGAGUUCCAGUUUCCUGGCUCCAGUCUGGGCCAACCUCAGCUUCUGCCAGCGUUUGGGGAGUGAACCAGCAGAUGAAUAUGUCUCUGUCUCUAUUUCCCUAUCUUUAUUGCUCUGCCUUUCAAAUAAAUAUGAAUAGAUAACAUCAGGGGCCGGGUUGGGCCACCAUCUAGGAUGCCAGCAUCCCAUACGAGCGCUGGGUCAAGUCCAGGCUGCUCCACUUCCCACCCAGCUCCCUGCUAAUGCACCUGAGAAAGCAGCAGAAGAUGGCCCAGAUCAUUGGGCCUGCCACCCACGUGGACACCUGGGUGAAGCUCCAGGCUCCUGACUUUGGCCCAGCACAGCCCUAGCUGCUGUGGCCAUUUGGGGAGUGAACCAAUGGGUAGAACAUCUCUGUCUCUCCCUCUCCCCCUUUCUCACUGUAACUCUGACUUUAAAAUAAAUUUUUAAAAAACCCACAAAACUUCACACCAAUAAAGACUUUUGAGAAAGAGCCUGUUUUAGUUGAGGUUCGAGUAACACACCACCUGCUACAGCAGAGGAACCCCGAGAUCUCGGGGCCCGACUAUGGGGGCCCAGGAGGGGGGAGGGUGUGGGAAUCCUGCUCCAUGCGUGCCCUCAGAGCCCCAGGCCCAGAGAUCUCAGUCUGCCCAGGCCAUCAGCCGGCAGUCAGCAGAUGGAAUGAGGGCAGCUGGGAGGUCACCCACAGCGGGGGUCCUCGUUGGCCAGCACCCAGGAGCGCUCGGCAGGUCGAGCCCUUCACACUGCACUGCGGUCCUUGGUCAUGAAGCUGUUGAGCCAGGCUUAGGACAGGGCCGAGGACCUUACCCAACAGGGGUCAGGUGUGGGUUGGUCUGGCCCGUGGGAGGCCAGGAAGGUCAAUGGGCAGGCCCAUCCUCAGCAGCCGGAGAUGCUGAUGCCCACGCUAACGGCCAGGGGGAGGGUGCGGUGCCUUGGAAGGGGGCCGUUAUCCUCUCUGGCCCUGUAGAUAGACCCCUGGCCUGGGUCUGACCCACAGAGGCCCUGCUGAGAAGGCUGCCCCCUUGGGCCGGCUCUGAGGAUGCCGGUUCAAGUCCCAGCUGUUCCAUUUCCAAUCUCCCUGCUAACCAAAUCCUUGGGCCCCUGUUCCUGGAAGAAGCUCCUGGCUUCAGGUUGGCCCCGGCCCAGUCAUU